AUGUCUUCCAAGCAGCCAGAUAUCACUCUUUACUUCCUCAACGCGAGCCGAGCGAUCCGAAUCGCCUGGCUCCUGGAAGAGCUGGAUAUUUCGUACAAAUUGGUCACCUCGCCAAGGGCAGCCAAUGGGCUAGCGCCGCCAGAGUUCAAAGCUAAGAUUCCAACUCGCCUUGGAAGUAGUCCUGUUAUUCAGGAUGGGGAUCUGGUAAUCCAAGAAAGUGGUGCUAUCGUGGAGUAUCUCAUCGAAUCAUAUGACUCUGCGUCACGGCUGUUGCCUCAGGAAACAUAUGCUAGAGCAAGUGUUCGGGAAUGGAUUCAAGCUUCCGAGGGUACUUUCAUGAUGAAUGCUGUUCCGAUUAUCAUGGCCCGUAUGGGAAUGCCAAAAGAGGCUGCACAAUAUGUUUCAGGGCUGGAGGCUGCGAUUGCGCCAAGGGUGCACGAGGCAAUGCAGUGGUUCGAAGCGGAACUUGAAUCAGGCCCUACCAAGGGCCAAUUCAUUGUCGGGACAGGUCUUACUGCUGCAGAUAUCAUGAUGGGCUUUAGCAUCGAGUGCAUUUUUGCCAUGAAGCUGGGAACGGAAAGUCAGGAUUGGCCACUAAUCAGUAAAUGGCUGGCGAAUAUCAAGGAAAGGAAGGCUUAUAGGACAGCGGUGGAAAAGACAGGAUAUUCAAUGUAG